CGCUAUCGCUCCGCCCCCUGCAUCAACGUUUUCACGGCGGGGCCUGGUGAUUCGUGUUCUAUCAAACGGACGGAGGUCAUGGCCAAAUUUGAAAGCGAGUUUUGAUACGAUUUACAUAGUCGCUGGUGGUCGGCUAGACUGGAAUUGGCUUCCCACGUGAUGAAGGUGAAGAUCUUGUCCCGCAAUCCGGACGAUUACGUUCGAGAAACGAAGAAUGACAUUCAGAGAGUUCCAAGGAAUUAUGAUCCUGUACUGCAUCCUUUUGAGGUACCGAGGGAAUACACGAGAGCGCUGAAUGCAACCAAACUGGAACGGGUUUUUGCUAAACCUUUUGUAGCAUCGCUGGAUGGUCAUGGGGAUGGAGUGCAUUGUAUGGCCAAACACUUUAAGAGUUUAUCCACAAUAAUCUCUGGGGCUUGCAAUGGCGAGAUAAAAGUUUGGAACUUAAUGAAUCGUCAGUGCAUCCGCACUGUACAAGCACAUACUGGUUUCGUCAGAGGGCUCUGUUCCAGAUUCUGUGGUACAUUCUUCUUCUCAGUUGGUGAUGAUAAGACAAUCAAGCAAUGGAAAAUGGAGGGGCCUUCAUUUGAGGAGCAAGAAGAACCAAUACACACAAUAUUAGGCAAGACUGUUUACACUGGAAUUGAUCACCAUUGGAAGGAUGGUGUAUUUGCAACCUGUGGGCAGCAGGUGGACAUUUGGGAUGAGCAGAGGACCAGCCCAAUCCGCUCGUUUACUUGGAGUGUGGACAGUAUCAACAGUAUUAAAUUCAACCCAAUAGAGACUUAUCUUCUUGCAAGCUGUGCCUCGGAUAGAAAUAUUGCUCUGUAUGACAUAAGACAGGCAACGCCCUUGAAAAAGGUUGUUAUGGACCUACGAACCAAUGCUAUAUGUUGGAACCCCUUGGAGGCCUUCAUUUUUACAGGAGCGAAUGAGGAUUACAACUUAUAUACAUUUGACAUGCGCUAUCUUGAUAGUCCUCUAAUGGUGCACAUGGAUCACGUAUCGGCAGUACUUGAUGUUGAUUACUCUCCAACAGGAAAAGAAUUUGUCUCAGCCAGCUUUGAUAAAUCUAUACGUAUUUUCCCUACAGACAAAGGGCACAGCAGGGAGGUGUACCAUACAAAACGUAUGCAGCACGUCAUGUGUAUAAAGUGGUCUGCUGAUAACAAGUAUAUACUUUGUGGUUCUGAUGAAAUGAAUAUCCGUUUGUGGAAGGCUAACGCUUCUGAAAAGCUUGGUGUGGGAUAUCAUAUUUCCUUCGAAACACUUGUCAAACGACAGAUUUGA